CUGGGUCUCUGCGGGUUUUGGGGGGCACAAACAGCCUGGGAAACCCUGGGAAACCCUGGAAAAACCCUGGGAAAACCCUGGGAAACCCUGGGAAACCCUGGCCAACCUCGCCCUGCUGCCGGGUGCGGCACCCCACGCCGUUUUCCCGUGUUUAUUUAUUUAUUUUUUUUUUCCCCUGGGAUGAAGCAGCGUCCUGUUUGUCCCGGCGGGUUUGUGGGGCAGGGCAGGGACGGGCAGGAUCGGGCGGAGCUGCCCCGGCCUCCCACCUGCUGGGCUGGGAUCCCACUGGGAUCUGUGUGGGAAGGGGGGGAACAGGCAGGAAUCCCACAGGGAUCCCUGCAGAAAGGGGAAAGAGGGCAGGAAUCCCAACAAAUCCAUGUGGGAAAGGCAGGAAUCCCACAGGGAUCAAUGUGGGAAGAGGCAGGAAUCUCAAAUGGAGCAGGGAGGGGCAGGAAUCCCACAGGGAUCCCUGCAGAAAGGGGAAAGAGGGCAGGGAUCCCACAGGGAUUGAUGGGGAAGGGGAGAAGGGGCAGGAAUCCCUGGCAGAUCCCUGUGGGCAGGGCAGGGAUCCCUCGCGCGCCCUGCGGCCGGGGCCGUGCCCUGAGGCUGUGCCCCGCUCCGCGCGGUCCCGCCCGGUCACUGCUGGCGUUCCAGGCCGCGCUGGGGCUGACGACCCGGGCAGGGCACGGCAAGGCCGGGGCCCGAUGCCAGCAGCGCUUUGCACCUCUCCCCACGCAUCGCGGCCCCGAGCAGGGCUUUGGGCACAGCCCCAGCGCGGCCCCACCGGCACCGGCCCCGGCCCGGCCCAGCGCGGCCCCGCCAUGGCGGCCUCGCCCCGCUCCGGGCCGACCGUCGCCAUGGCAACCGCUGAGGGGCGAAGGGGCGGUGCCGCUGCCCCGCAGCGAUUGGUGCGCGCCGCUGCCACUCAAGCGCGCGAACCCUGCACGUCGUUUCAUUGGUUUGGGCAGCUGUCACUCAGUGAUGGCGUUGCGCGCUAUCGGGUGGGUGUGCUGUCAAUCAAUCACGGAGAGGGGCGAGCCGUGCUUCUCUGUUUCUGAUUUCUCAUUGGCUGGGGUGCGCCGAGCGCGAGGGCCGCCCGCGCCUCCUCGCGGGCCCAUUGGUCACUUCGCCUGCCAAUCAAAGCGGCGCCGGGGAGGCGGGAGGAACUCUCCGCCGCCCGCUUCCCAUUGGCCCGCGCCGCGCUCUCGCCUGCCCUCGCUGCUGAUGAAAUCGCAGCCGGCAGCGUUGGAGUCUUUGGACCUUCCCAUGCUCGGGACCUUUGACUCAUAA